UAGCUAAGUUACGCAAAUCCAUUGGCGAUAUCGAGGAAUUUUUAGACACACCUGAAGCCGAGACAUUUACCAACACUUCCACGGAUAUCCCUGUAUUCGAUAUAUCUGAAAUUACACCUACCGAACCAGAAAAAAAGAUAUCUGAGUCAUCGACCACCGAUCACAUCAAAAAAGGUAAGAAUGUAUCACCUGCUUCACCCAUUACUAACAUGACCCAGGAUCUCUUCGAUUCUAUAACAAAUGAAUCUCCAGUUGCUUCGCCAUCCAAGUCUACCGAUAUAUCUCUGCCCCCUGAGAUCGAACACGUAGAAUCUGUAGAUGAUAGAUCCGAACCAGCUUCUGAGAUCAUUAAAUCAGCGAAUGAUGAAGUUGAACCAUCUCCUAUUGAAUCUGUGGAAAAUGAACUGAGAGCCAGCAACGAAGCACCUCCCCAGCAGAUAUCAUACACACCCGGAUAUCAAACCAGAGAGCAACGAGAAAUACGAUUAAGGCAAAAAGCUGUUGAGCUUGGAGAGGAUCCUGAUAAAUUCGUUACCAUAACUGAGAAGGAUAAGCUCGAUUCGAUAGCAUUCCGUGAUAGAAUGCAGACUGAUGCGAGAAUGUGUGGUUAUGCAAAGGAGGCCGAAGAAGAUCCCAGUGAAUAUGACA